AAUGAAAGAGGAAACAUAGAUAUUUAGGGUAAAGAAAUAAAUCCAUUAUUUUGCUUGGCAUUGUUUUGCUCCAUAUGCAUUUUUAGGUUAUUUUAUGACAAUCCCAAGUGCUGCAGAACCAUCUUGGCUUAAAAUAAAUCAAACAAAACAUAAAUACAAAAUUGAUUUUAAUUGGAUGAAUGUUGCCUUUUUAAUGUACAUGCUACAAUAUUUAUUUAGAGGUUAUUUGCUUGCAAGUGGUAUUGAAAUGAAAGGUAAUUUGAGAUAAAUAAUGAUUAAAUGUGAAACUAUGCUAAUAGUGGCUCUGGUCUUAUAAUGGUUUCUCCCAUUUAGAGAAGGAACACUGAUUGUGAGAGUAUUCAUGGGAGCUUUAAUUAAUCUAGAUAUAAAGUACAGCAAUGUGUAUUUUAAAACUAUGAUGAAACCAAUUGAAGUUUAUAUUAAGAAAAAAUUUCCAGAAUAAUUAAAUGGUAAUAGCAUCAAUAUUAAUGAUAACUAGUAAAAAAUCUAGGUCAGUAUUUAUGUCAAUAUCAAUAUAUUGCUUUUGGGAUUGGAUGGACAAUUUAGGGACUUAUGGCUUACAGUUAUCCAAAGAUUGAAAUGCUAAAUAAAUUAAAGAUUUAUGAUGAUUGUGUUCUUUGGAAUUUAUUAAUCUCUUUACCAACUGUAUUUUUAGCAAUUAGAUUGAUUAAUUUGCAUCUAUCAUUUAAUUAUGAUGAUUUAAAGACUUGUACACCAAAUGAGGCUGAAUACUUUUUGGCAAAUAUGUUCAAGAAGGCUAAUGUUGAAGAGGUGAUAGACAUGUAUCAUGAAAAACGACUUAUUGAUAGUAAUGUAUAUUUUUAUAAGUAGAUGAUGAAUAUGAAUUAGAUGAUUAAAAGACUCUUAAAAUCAUUUAGAUUAUCAUGUAUUCAAGUAGUACUAUGAUGUUGGUAUUCUUUAUAAAUCGUUUAAAUCUUGAUACUAAUGGAGCUAUUUAUUAAUCUAUGCCUUUCCAUUACUUUAUUUUUGGAUUAACAAUGAUAUUAGCUAAUUACUUGCCUUGUAGAUUAUUUUACAAGGUUCCAUAAUUGUUAUUGUAUAGAUUAAGCUUGUUUAUGAGUAUUAUUAUCAAUUUAGCAUUGGUGAUAAGUAUUCAAAUUUAAUCUUAUUAUUUUAUCUUGAUCUCUUGUAUUUUGACAAUAUUUAGUAAUGGAGUAGGUUUAUUCUCGUUCACUAGUAGCUACAAUUAUGUAAAUAUAUUUAUGUUAAUAUUAUCAGUUUGUUGAUGAUUUUAUGCCAAUCCAACUAAGUUAAGGCUUGAGUUUAGCAGUUUUAGUUGGAUUAGAAUUUGUAAUUCGUGAGUAAGUUUUUGGGUUAAGUCUAAUGAUAACAACCAUAUUAGGAAUAUUUAUAUGGAGAAAAGUGUAAUAUUUAAUAGAAUAGGAGGAUGAGGAUGAAGAUAAUGCUAAAUUGAUUAUGUGAU